AUGCCCGAGCGGGUCCGCACCGUCUUCGCCGACGAAGACGCGGCACCUAUCGUCCAAGAAGGGAAACCAUUGAAGCCAACAAAAACGCCGAAACCAGACUCCGGAGAGAAGACAAGCAAGGACAAAGAGAAUGCCUCACGGAAGAACAAGAAACGAAAGCGCGACGAGCCCACAGAUGAAUCCCGCCCUCCCAGAUCGAAGAAGUCCAACGAGACCGAGACCAAAACCAAGUCGCAAACUACCAAGGCCGAGCAAGAUGCGAGCGGAAAUGGAGAUAAGGCCGUGAAGAGCACAGGGGGCCCAGUGUACAAGAAUCUGCUCAUACAACAGCGACCUGAUAAGCCGAAGCGCAAGGCGAAGAAGCAUGACCGCCCAGUUAGAGAUGAGAACGAGAAAGGAGGGCGAUUCGCAUCGCUAAAGAAAAAGGCGCAGGAGCUCUACGAGAUCCGCAAGAACCUACCUAUCUUCGCGCACGGCGACGAAAUCCGGCAGAACCUCCGGAAGAACGACGUUAUGCUGCUGAUCGGUGAGACUGGUAGCGGAAAGAGUACGCAGAUACCCCAGUUCCUUGUUGACGAGGCGUGGUGUCGGCCGACGAAGACUACGGUUGUGCAGGAGGAUGGGUCUGAGAAGGAAGUGGCAGUUGGCGGGUGCAUUGCCAUUACGCAGCCCAGGCGUGUUGCUGCGAUUUCGCUGGCGCGGCGUGUUGCGGAGGAGAUGGGGACGCCGCUGGGGAAUUCGUCGCCUGCGAGUAAGGUUGGUUACGCGGUGCGAUUUGAUACAUCUGUUGCGCCCGGGACGAGAGUGAAGUUUUUGACGGAGGGAAUGCUACUGCAGGAGAUGCUGCAUGAUCCGUGGUUGACGAAGUAUAGCGCCAUUGUGGUUGAUGAAGUGCACGAGCGCGGUGUGAAUGUUGAUCUUGUCAUGGGCUUCUUGAGGAAUCUGGUCUCUGGGAAGAAGGAAGGGAGAGGAGGCGUCCCGCUCAAGGCUGUGGUGAUGAGUGCUACGGCUGAUAUGGAGAGUUUACAGGAGUUCUUUGUGGAGGGAUUCAAGGGGCGCCAGGGCGUGCAAGAUGCCGAGAAGGAAGAGAAAGAUGGCAUUGCGGUGUGCCAUAUUAAGGGCCGCCAGUUCCCGGUCAAGACGAUAUACUCGCCGGAACCUGUGCAUGAUUUUGUUGAUGCGGCGCUGAAGGUCAUCUUCCAGAUACAUUACAAGGAGCCUAUUCCUGGUGAUAUACUAGUCUUCUUGACAGGUCAGGAGACUGUUGAAGCGUUGGAGAAUUUGGUCAACGAGUAUGCUACAGGGAUGGAUCCUUCCUUGCCGAAGAUCCAAGUCCUUCCGCUCUUCGCAGCGCUUCCACAGGUAGCUCAGCAGCGAGUCUUUGCUCCUGCGCCGCCACGCACGCGCAAGAUCAUUCUGGCUACGAACAUCGCUGAAACGUCCGUUACAGUAUCUGGUGUACGGUUUGUCGUGGAUUGUGGAAAGGCCAAGAUUAAGCAGUUCCGGACCCGGUUGGGCUUAGAUUCGCUGCUCGUCAAGCCCAUCUCAAAGUCUGCUGCUAUUCAGCGUAAGGGUCGUGCGGGACGAGAAGCGGCUGGAAAGUGCUACCGACUAUAUACAGAGAAAGAUUACUUGGGCUUGGAUGAGGUCAAUACGCCAGAAAUACUGCGAUGUGACCUGAGCCAAGCUCUACUCAACAUGAAAGCUCGUGGGGUAGACAACGUUGUUGAGUUCCCAUUCCUGACACGGCCUCCGCGGGAAGCUUUAGAGAAGGCGCUUCUUCAGUUGCUGAGCAUUGAAGCCCUCGAUGAGACGGGCAGCAUCAGUGCAAUUGGGUCGCACAUCGCUAAGCUUCCACUCACCCCGACAUUAGGACGGGUAUUGCUCGCUGCGUCCGAAUUUGGACCGGAUUGUCUGAUCGAUGUGAUUGAUAUUAUAUCGUGCCUAAGCGUGGAAAACAUAUUUUUGAACACGACAUCGGAAGAAAAGAAGGAGGCUGCCGAGACAGCUCGGCGAGAUCUAUACCGACGAGAAGGCGACCACCUUACGAUGCUUGCAACGGUACGGGCCUACGCGUCAGAAAAUACCGAUCGGAAGGCAUGGGCAGAACGGCAUCUGGUCUCACAUCGGGCGAUGCAGUCUGUUAUGGAUGUCCGUAAACAACUGACAGCUCAAUGCCGACAAGCCAAGUUGCUUCCAAAUUUGACCGGGCCACAGGGCUCAGACGCAUCCUCAUCUAUCCGGGACCCGUCGCCAGUGUUCAUUUUGAAGAGCUUCCUGCGGGGGUUCUCUACGAACACCGCUCGUCUGGUCCCGGACGGUAGCUACCGUACUGUGGUGGGGAACCAGACAGUGGCGAUUCACCCCUCCAGUGUCCUUUUCGGGAAGAAAGUGGAGGCGAUCCUGUACAAUGAGUUUGUGUUCACGAACCGCAGUUAUGCGCGAGGGGUGAGUGCAGUGCAGAUGGACUGGGUGGGAGAGGCUCUAGCGGGGGAGUAG